CUUACUGGACACAUUCCAAAUUCCAGCAGCAAACUCAGCUCGAAACAAAUAAAAUGUCCGAGUCCAGCUCAAGGAAGGACCAGCCCCAUGAGAUGGCGUUGCAGGGGGAGCUUAGCCGCGACUCGCAGCAGCCAAGUCUCAACUUUUGGCAGGAAUUCGAGCGGAUUCGCGCCAUCCAGCUGCAGCGCCUGCUGCAGGAGCGGCAGGAGAGGAAGCGCAUCAACACGCUGGUGAGUGCCGCCGAUGCGGAGACACGUCAGCUGACGGAGGCACUGAGUCGAUCCAUACUGGCUCAGGGCAAGAGCCUGGAAGCGAUGCCCUUGCCGGACACCACAACGGACACCAGCAUUCCCACUCCAGAGGCCAAGCCCAGUGCGCACAAGCUGCUGCCCUUAGGCGCAAGAAAGGUGGUUCCAAGUGGUCCGCUGCCCAUCAAAAAUCGGGCACAAAAUCAGCGCCUUCAAAUGGCCAACAAGUGCAAGGCUCCAGCUGUAACCAAUUCUAAGCCGGCCACAAAGAACUCCACGAAUCCAUCAAAGGGCGCAAAGCCCCUCUCCAGCUCGAAAACUGCUCCAGAUAUUUCGAAGCUUCGACAGAGGAAAAUCUCAAAGAACACAAAGAGAAAUUCGACUGCAUAACGCCCAACACCCCGACCUAACUUAUAUAUUUUCUUGCUGGUUUAAUGUUAAGAUUAAUCGCGUUGGUUAAGUACUUCUUUGUGGGAUUUGUGUCCCGCAUAAAGCUCGUUCGUAGCCCACUGACGAAUGCCACCCUGUGAGCACUUUGCCGUACAAAUUCCGACUAAAACAUACACAAACAACGCCACCAAAAAAUCAACUUGGACACGGAAAAACUUGCAAAUUAAUUAACGGUACACGGGCCCCCAUGCUCCGCCGAGGAGAUCCCAAAUCCAAAGCCAGACACGCACUCCAGACACCUGAGUAAUCAACAUUAUGUGGGCAUGGCUUGGCGAUGGCGAUGGCGAUGGUGAUUGUGAUGUUGUUGUUGUUGCUUUUCGAUAAAUCACGGAUAAAAAACAAUCAACGAAAAUGUAGCGUUAUUCAUCACAGGUGGUAAAUAUUUCAAGCCGAGGCUGACAACAAACGCGCGCCGAGCACAAAAGUAAAUUCAUGGCAGGCC